AUGACCUUUACGGCGGAAAAGUACGACCCUGCUGCCACGGCCUCGUGGCUCAUUUGCACCGCGUGCGGCACUCAGUUCACAUCGUCUGAUAGGUCUGUCGUCAAGACGUGCCACAUCUGCGACGACCCCCGACAAUAUGUUCCGCCGUCAGGACAGUCAUUCACGACCCACGACCAAGUGGCCAAGAAGCACCGCAACGAAUUCACUACCUACGCCGGCGACGAGCGUCUUGUUUCCAUCACCACCAUACCCAAGUUUGCCAUUGGACAGCGGGCCAUUCUUAUCCGCACGCCCCGAGGUAACAUCCUCUGGGACUGCCUGACUCUCCUCGACCCAGAAACCAUCAACCACAUCAACCAGCUGGGUGGCCUCAAGGCCAUUGUCAUCAGCCACCCGCAUUACUACAGCACCCACGUCCAAUGGGGCCAGGCCUUCAACUGCCCCGUGUACAUUGCCUCCGAGGACAAGGUCUGGACAACCAUGGACUCUGGCCACCAGGUUCUCGUCGACCAUGUCGAGACCAAGAUUCAAGACACCGGCGCCGUGGCCAUCAAGCUUGGCGGGCACUUCCCCGGCUCGCUGGUCCUCUUGUUCGACGGGCGCCUCUUCAUUGCCGACACGCUCAUGACCACGCCUGCGGGCAUGGGGAAAUGGGAAGUCGACGGGACUGGUGCUGCGCGCGCCAAGCCUCCUGGUCUCAACUCCUUCUCGUUCCUCUGGAGCAUCCCGAAUUAUAUUCCGCUCAGCGUAGAAGAACUGGCCCGCAUGUGGGGGAUCUUGAAGAGGUACGAAUUCAAGUCUACGCACGGCGCCUUCUUGCCCAUGGAUGUUGAGGAUGCGGCCGUGAAGCAGAGGGUGUUGGAUAGCAUGCAGAUUCAGGCCAAGUUUAUGGGGUAUGCGGGACAUGCUAUUAUGAAUGAGACGAUUUAA